AUGGGCCCUAAUGUUGAUUCCGAGAGGGCCAAGCUAGCUAAAAUGAGGGAAAACGCUCAAACUUCCAAAGCUGCUAGGAAGAAGAAAGCGAAGGUCAGAUGGAGAUUCAUGUUGGACCUCUUUCGCCUUUUGAACUCAUCCAUAAAGAAGCUUGAGACUAAGGUCAAGCUCAAGACGAAUGAGAUCAAACUCAAGACAAAUGGUCUCGCUCAAGCUUGGAUAGAUGUGGUGGCGGCACGGGAAGCGACAAAGGCAUUGAAGGAUGAUUUGAAAGAGCUGAAUGACACCAAUGUUGUCUAG